GCCCGUGUCCGAUGAGCGAAAUCUCCCUUCAUACGCUGGAAUGCGGCCUGCCGACGCUCUUCGAGCGCAUCCCGGGCGUGCGAUCGGCCGCGAUGUGCUGGUUGCUCCCCGCGGGCACGGCGUGCGAGCCGGAGGGGCUCCAGGGGUUGGCGCCGAUGCACGCGGAGAUGCUCGCGCGCGGCGCGGGAAAUCUCGAUUCCCGCGCGCAGGCGGACGCCUACGACGCCCUCGGAAUUUCUCGCGGAUUUUCCGCGCAGACGUGGAAUCUUUCCUUCACGACCGUCCUGACGGGCGCCAGAUUGGUCGAAUCGCUCCCCCUGAUGGUCGCCAACGUGCGCGAGCCGCGGAUGAGCGCGGACAGCUUCGAGCCGGCGCGCGCGCUGUGCGUGCAGGCGGUGCAAUCGCUCGAUGACGACCCCGGCGAGCGCGUGAUGGUGACGGCGCGCGGCGCGCACGCGCCGGCGCCGAUCAACCGCCCGUCGAUGGGCACGCUCGAGGGCCUCGCGUCGCUGGACCCCGGCGUGGUGGCGGAGACGUGGCGGGAGCGGGCGGUGCCCGGCGGCUCGAUCCUCGCCUUCGCGGGCGACGUGGACGAGAAGGCGAUCGUCGGGAAGCUCAACGGUCUGCUCGCCGGAUUCGCGGGCGAGGGCCCGGGCGUGAGCAUCGCGGACGACGCGCCCCGCGGGUACCACCACGAAGCGGGCGACACGAACCAGGUGCACAUCGCGGUGGUGCACGAUUCGCCGGCCGAGACGUCGGAAGACGCGUUCCGCGAGCGUCUGGUGAGCGCGGUGCUGUCCGGCGGGAUGUCCUCGCGUCUGUUCACGGAGGUCCGCGAGAAGCGGUCUCUGUGCUACUCGGUGUACGCGAGCUACGGGGCGGAGGCGGCGUACGGGCGGACGGUGGCGUACGUCGGCACGACGCCCGAGCGCGCGCAGGAAUCGCUCGACGUGCUCGUCGAUCAGCUCGAGCGGAUCAACAGCCCCGAAGGGGCGAUCACGCGGGAGGAGUUCGACCGGGCGGCGAUCGGGAUGAAAUCGCGUCUGGUGAUGUCGGGCGAGUCGACGAGCGCCCGCGCCGGGGCGAUCGCGCGGGACUUCCGCAAGCUGGGGCGCGCCCGCUCGCUCGAGGAGCUGACGGGCGCGAUCGACGCGUUGACGCUCGACGAGGUGAACGCGUACCUGGCGCGCCGCCGCCUCGGAACGCUGACCGUGUGCACGAUCGGGCCGAGCGAGCUGUCGAUGCCCGGGGUUCCGGGGGGGGCUGACGGGGGCGGGGGAGUCCCUACAAUCGGGCGCAUGACCCCGUACUACGUCACCACGCCGAUCUACUACGUCAACGACGCCCCGCACAUCGGGCACUGCUACACCACGCUCCUGGCGGACGUGCUCGCGCGGUUCCACCGCCUGGCGGGGCGGGACGUCUUUUUCCUGACCGGGACGGACGAGCACGCCGAGAAGGUGGUGACCUCGGCCGAGCAGCGCGGUCUGACGCCCAUCGAGUGGGCGGACCGCAACGCGGACGCCUUCCGCGAGGCGUUCGGCCUGAUGGGCUUCUCCAACGACGAUUUCAUCCGCACCACCGAGGACCGGCACAAGGAGAAGGUGACGGCGUACAUCGCGGAGCUCCAGGAGCGGGGGGACGUGGAGCUGGGCGAGUACGAGGGGUGGUGGGACCCGUCGCAGGAGGAGUACGUCACCGAGAACGAGGCCCGCGAGCACGAAUUCAAGAGCCCGGUGACGGGCAAGGACCUGGUGAAGCGGACGGAGCACAACUACUUCUUCCGCCUGAGCAAGUACGCGGACCGCCUGCAGGCGCACAUCGAGGCGAACCCGGGGUUCAUCCUGCCCGAAUCGCGCCGGAACGAGGUGCUGGGGCGGAUCAAGCAGGGGUUGCGCGACGUGCCGAUCAGCCGGGCGAUCGACGAGGCCGACCCGUCUUCCACGUGGGGCAUCCGGAUGCCGGGGGACGAGGGGCACCGGGUGUACGUGUGGAUCGACGCGCUGUUCAACUACCUCUCGGUGGUGGACACGGGUGAUCGCGGGAAGUACUGGCCCGCGCAGGCGCACCUGAUCGCGAAGGACAUCCUGUGGUUCCACGCGGUGAUCUGGCCCUGCAUGCUCAUGGCGCUGGACAG